AUGAUUUUAAACUUCUCUCCAUCCCCUAUAUAUUGCAUUAUCAAGUUAUCUGCAUUCCUCCAAGCAUUGCAAAAGCAGCAGCAACCAAUGGAUGUGCUUAAGAAGUGGAAGAAGCUUGCUGUUGUGUCCCAUAAAGGCCUGAAGAACAAUGGGGUGCCCAAGGGGUCCCUUGCUGUGUGUGUAGGACCUGAGCUGAAGAGGUAUGUGAUCCCUACGUGCUACUUGCACCAUGAGGCCUUUGGGGUCCUGCUCCGAGGAGCAGAGGAGGAGUACGGAUUCGCGCAGGCAGGCGUGCUAAGGAUACCCUGCAGCAUCGCAGAGUUCGAGAGAGUUCUCGUGAGGGUGGAGAGGAAGGAAGGACUCUGCUAUGGGAGUCUGGAGUUUCAGACACAGUUGGCUAAUCUCCAUGACAAGUUGAUGUGCAGAUAAUUGUCCUGAGUCCUCUUCCUUUUGUUUUUUCUAGGAGAGAACUGCAAGUGCUAGUUUAGCAGAUGAAACUAAG